GGAUUGGAUUUUUUCAACCGGGAACCAUGCCUGUCCGGAGGGGUCAUGUCGCGCCACAGAACACGUUUUUGGGAGUGAUUAUUCGGAAAUUCGAGGGACAAAAUAAAAAGUUCAUCAUCGCUAACGCCCGUGUGCAGAACUGUGCGAUCAUCUACUGUAACGAUGGCUUCUGUGAGAUGACGGGCUUCUCUCGUCCCGACGUCAUGCAGCGUCCGUGCACGUGCGACUUCCUCCACGGUCAGUUCACCAGUCGGCACGCCGUGGCUCAGGUGGCUCAGGCUCUGCUGGGGUCCGAGGAGCGGAAGGUGGAGAUCAUGUACCACCGCAAAGAUGGUUCAAAGUUCCUGUGCGCCACUCACAUCAUCCCGGUGAAGAACGAGGAGGGCGUGGUCAUGAUGUUCAUCCUUAACUUCGACUACAUCAUGGAGGAGGGCAGCAGCGACUCUCUGGAGAGACUCAACCACACGUCUCCGUCUAAAGCCGACCGUAAAGGUAGAUUCUUCCGUUUCCGUCUGCCGGCGUUACCGCUCCUCGGGAUCAGUAAACAGUCCCUUCCUCAGGAGGACCCUGACGCCGUCAUGGUGGACUCGCCUCAGCACAGCGACGGCUCCGUGGCCACGCGUGAUUAUCAGCUCCCGACCACACGAGAGAGCUGCAGUCCAUCCUACGCCAACGACACCCGCGCCCUCAUCGCCCCCAGCCACUGCUCCACCCCCGUGUCCGGGCCUCUGGACCACUCCUCACCCAAGGGCCCCUGGGACCGGAUAUACCCCGACCAGGAGGCUCCCACUCAGGCCAACAGUCAGGACGACACCCUGACGGCCGCCCCCUCCAUCCCGGGCCUCACCCCCACCGCCUCCAGAGAGAGCGUAUGUAGCAUCCGCCGCGCCUCCUCCGUGCACGACAUUGAGGGCUUCGGCUCCAACUCCCACAAGAUGGUGUUUAGAGACAGACACGCCAGCGAAGACAAUGGGCGCAAUAUUAAAGGUCCUCUCAGUCAAAUCAAAUCAAGUUUACUCGGCUCUACGUCGGAUUCAAACCUCAACAAGUACAGCACCAUCAACAAAAUCCCCCUCAUCACGUUAAACUUCUCGGAGGCCAACAACGAGAAGAAGUGCCCGUCUCCUCCGUCGUCUGAGAAAACCAUCAUCGCGCCGAAAGUCAAAGACCGCACGCACAACGUCACCGACAAGGUCACACAGGUCCUGUCUCUGGGCGCAGAUGUUCUUCCCGAGUACAAACUCCAAACCCCUCGUAUCCACCGUUGGACUAUACUUCACUACAGCCCGUUCAAAGCCGUGUGGGACUGGCUCAUCCUCCUCCUGGUCAUCUACACCGCCAUAUUCACGCCGUACUCCGCCGCCUUCCUCCUCAACGACAUCGAGGAGCAGAAACGGCGGGAGUGCGGUUACUCCUGCUCCCCCCUCAAUGUGGUGGACCUCAUGGUGGACAUCAUGUUCAUAGUUGACAUUCUUAUAAACUUCAGGACCACGUACGUCAACUGUAACGAGGAGGUCGUGAGUCACCCGGCGAAGAUCGCGAUUCACUAUUUCAAAGGCUGGUUCCUUAUAGACAUGGUGGCGGCUAUUCCGUUCGAUCUGCUUAUUUUUGGGUCCGGAUCAGAUGAGACGACCACUCUGAUCGGUUUGCUCAAGACGGCGCGGCUCCUUCGGCUGGUACGUGUGGCCCGCAAACUGGACCGAUACUCGGAGUACGGCGCCGCUGUGCUCAUGCUGCUCAUGUGCAUCUUCGCCCUCAUCGCGCACUGGUUAGCCUGCAUUUGGUACGCCAUCGGCAACGUGGAGAAGCCGUACUUAGAGCAUAAAAUCGGAUGGUUGGACAAUUUGGGCGUGUCCAUUGGUAAAAAAUACAACUACAGUGACCCCAGCUCGGGCCCGUCCAUCAAAGACAAGUACGUCACGGCGCUGUAUUUCACCUUCAGCAGUCUGACGAGCGUGGGCUUCGGAAACGUCUCCCCCAACACCAACUCCGAAAAGAUCUUCUCCAUCUGUGUCAUGCUCAUUGGAUCUUUAAUGUACGCUAGCAUCUUCGGUAACGUGUCGGCGAUCAUCCAGAGGUUAUACUCGGGCACGGCCAGGUAUCACCUCCAGAUGCUGAGGGUCAAAGAGUUCAUUCGCUUCCAUCAGAUCCCAAACCCGCUGAGGCAGAGGCUGGAGGAGUAUUUCCAACACGCCUGGACCUACACCAACGGCAUCGACAUGAACAUGGUCCUAAAGGGGUUUCCCGAGUGCCUUCAGGCGGACAUCUGCCUCCACCUGAACAAGACGCUGCUCCACGACUGUAAGGCGUUCAGAGGAGCGUCUAAGGGCUGUCUGCGCGCUCUGGCCAUGCGCUUCAAGACCACGCACGCCCCCCCCGGAGACACCCUGGUCCACAGCGGGGACGUGCUCACCGCGCUCUACUUCGUGUCCCGCGGCUCCAUCGAGAUCCUCAAGGAAGACGUGGUCGUGGCCAUAUUGGGGAAGAACGACAUUUUUGGAGAGAUGAUCCACCUCUUUGCCAAACCUGGGAAAUCGUGCGCGGACGUGCGAGCCCUGAGCUACUGCGACCUCCACACCAUCCAGAGGGAGGAGAUCCUGGAGGUGCUGGACAUGUACCCGGAGUUUGCUGAUCACUUUUUCACCAAUCUGGAGCUGACCUUCGACCUCCGAGAUGAGAACGCUAAAACUUAUCCCAAACGCAGCAGCACAGAUGAAAUCAGGUGUCGGCGGCGGAUUUCGUACAGAAGGAAGUUUUCCACAGGCUCCAACAACAAGACGCCACUGGCCACAUACUGCGGCGGCCGGAAUCAGCGCCACGCGUACGCCUCGUCCGCCGCCGACGACGGAGGAGGGUCUGCGGAGGAGGGGGAGGAGGAAGAGGAAGAGGAGGAAGAGGAGGAGGAGCAGAGGCCUCUGUGUUCAGGGGUGCUGGGUUACCCCGUCGUCCGGGACCAUCCUCUGGGGCUGGGACUUAGCUCUGCGCCAGGCGAGACCGGAGGCGCCGCCCAGGGCCAGCCGUUUAAAGAGCUGGAUGCGCAGGAUUGGGUCCCUCAGCGUUCCAGUGAGACAGCAGAGGAGCCGGCCCCCUGUGAGGGCCCCGCGGCCGCCGAGGACAGCGACUCAGACCUCACCUAUGGAGAGGUGGAGCAACGCCUGGACCUGCUCCAGCAGCACCUCAACAGACUGGAGUCACAGAUGACCACAGACAUCCAAGCCAUCCUGCACCUGCUGCAGAGGCAGAGCGCGGCCGGGCCUCCAGCCUACAGCACGGUCACCUCCAGCCCCGAGUACCACAAGGGCGCCACCUCCAGCCCCGAAUACGACAAAGCAGCCAUCCUCGUGCAGCCCGUGUCUCUGCAGGGCGAGCUGGACCCUGCACCUCCUCAGCCUCAGAGCCCAGAAAACUCCCAGGGCAAAUCCAAAGAACCGUCUCCGAUCCUGGGUGCGGAGACUCUUCCAAACGGGGACUUUGCUGGACUGUUGGAAAACGAAUCCGACUCAGAGCAGAGGCACAGACACAACCACGUGGACAACACAGCGGACACGGACACGGCGGCGGCGGGACCCUCUUCAGGCAGACCGGCCUCACUCCCCGACGUCCCCAGCAGCUCAGGGAUCACGGGACUCCAAAGGCCCCUGUCCGAUCCGGGGCUGCCCCAACCUUAGUCUGACGUUCUUCUCCCAAGCACGACUCAGGGUCUAAAGAAAGAGACUGAAUAUGCAAAGGAAACAACUCUAUAAACUUUUCUUCCAGUCCUUUUGGAAAGCCCUUACCCACAAACCCCUUGGCUGGUUUAGAUGUACAAAGCCCAUUUAUACAGAGGUAUUUAUAAUCUAUAUUAUUAACAUGUAAAGUCAUCAUCUCCUUGUACAUAGGUCGAUUAGAACACUGCCAGCAACCCAACGUGCUUUUUCUAACAGAUAUGCAUGUGUUUGCGUCCUCCCUCUCCUCCGGGUUGCAUGUUUCACUCACAGGGGGCGCUAGGCGUGUUCUCUGCAUGUGUAAAGUCUAUUGUAGCCAACAGGUUCGACCCAGCGCUGGGACAAAAGCUACUUGAAAAACUCCCAUAGCACCGCAGUCUGCUCCUUUAACCCCUUUUCCGCCACAAUCACGGAAGAAACCCGAGUAUGUUUAGCGUGCCUACACCACAACGCCACCUUUUUAUGAAGUUUAGCCACUUUAAAAUCACACGCACUGUAUCUGUACGACACGGAAAACAGCCCAGAGCACAAGACGCUUCUGUUGUUAGAGCAAUAAGAACGACACGGGAAUAUUAUGUCUGUGUAAUCCCUCAGUCGUCAAGGUCUGGUCCGCGGUGGAAGAACAAAACAAAUCUGUGAAACGGGCGAAAAGUUGUAGGUCUGACCACAACUGACGAAGCAACUUUUUGUCCAGUUGACAGAUUUGAACGUUUUUUAACUGUGGAAAUAUUAUCAUAAAACAUUAGGUUAUUUUAGCGCUUAAACCUGGAGUCGUUAGCCGUACACGUGUCUAUAAACGUCUGUGUAGAACAUGGUGACGAAGGGCAUUUCAGACCGACCAGACCAAGAGACUUCUGUGCUUUCACACUGUUCACAAAGCAUGUUAAGGUCUUCCAUUAUAUUUCUAAAAACAUCAUAAAUAUUCACCAAAAAGAUCCACGUGCAGGGCCGAUGUCCAGCCUCCAUUAGCCUUAGCUGGAUUCGCCUGCUCUAGCCUUUAUAAAUCAUAUAUCCUAAAGACGACCGACGCUUUUCUCCAUAAAAAUGUAAAUUCCUCCAGUUAUUUAAACUUUGACGAUUAAACUGCAUGAUAAGAGUAAGUCCUUUAAAUUUUAUACCUGCUCGAAAGGAACUGUGAGCUCGUAGUGCAUGGAGACAACACUGACUCAAGUAAACGAGAACUGAAGUGUCACUGUAGGAACUCAGCAGAGACGAUUAAUGGUUUAACCUAUUUUUCUAAAACAGAAAAUUUUGUUUGCCAUUAUUUUUAUAAUGUACUUGGUUUAAGUGUUUUUAAAGCCCUGACGUUCGAAUGGUGUGGGCUGACGAUGGACAAUAAUGAAUGCAAAUCAUAGCCUCUUAAUGUAGCACGGCUCCACAGACAGAACACUUCCUGUUGACUCUGCCAUUGGAUUUCUGUUGCAUCAUUCGGUCAGAUGGAGCGUUAGACAGAGCUGCUGUUUGCCGCUGUGAGUUUUCAGUGUUACUGUGUCUGCAGAGUCACGCAGGUCGACUUUAUCGUCACAUGGAGAAGUGAAGGGCGUUCAGACCUGUUAAAACUGUUAAACCUGAGGAUUCAGAGCGACAAACAGAUGUAGAGUCUCAACAUCACACGGGGGGAUGUUUUCAGAACAUAUCUUUGAUUUUCAAGCACAGAUGUAGAACGAUUCAGUUCAACCCAACCUGUCCAGCUCCUGAACGGAGUCUGAACAGUCUGAACAGAGUCUGAACAGAGUCUGAACAGAGUCUGAACAGAGUCUGAACAGAGUCUGAACGGCUCCUGAACCUUCAUGGAAAUGCAAACUUUUGCACAGAUAGAAAACGUGCUGUACUGGAUAAUGUCACUUUUUAAAUCUAUUGUUUUUAUGCAUUUUUUAAAUGUUUGCCACUGUAUUUUAUACAAAGCAACACUUAACAGCUAAUUUGAAUGUUUUUGUUCCAAACUAUAUUUAAAGAAAUCUACUCUAUUGUGUAGACUGAAUACACAAUUGUAUAGAAUAAUAAAGUGAAUGCAUACUGGC